AUGUUUGUUCUUCUGGGACUCUCAGAUGAAAAGGAGCUGCAGCUCAUCCUCUUUCCAAUAUUCCUAGGGAUCUACCUUGUUACCCUUCUCUGGAACCUGGGUCUCAUCCUCCUAAUUAGAAUGGACUUCUGCCUGCACACACACAUGUACUUUUUUCUCUGUUUCCUGUCAUUUAUAGACGUCUGCUAUUCUUCUUCCAUCAGCCUAAGGAUGCUUUCAGACUUCCUAAAAAAUGAAAAAAUGAUUUCCUUCAUUGCCUGUGCCGCUCAGUAUUUUGUUGCAGCCUGGAUGGCUCUGGCUGAGUCCUGCCUGCUGGGCACCAUGGCCUAUGACCGAUAUGUGGCCAUCGGCAACCCGCUACAAUACUCAGCUAUCAUGGUUCCUGACCUCUGUGGGAAGAUGGUUGCUGGGGCCUAUGUGAGUGGUUUCCUUAGCAGUUUAUCUCAAACAAUCUCUUGCUUUCAACUUUACUACUGUGGGCCAAAUAUCAUUCAACAUUUCUUCUGUGACUUACCUCAGGUUAUUUCCUUGUCUUGCUCCAAUCCCUUCAUCGCCCAAAUGACCCUUCUCGUGGUAGCUAUUGUUGUUGGAUUUGGCUCUUUGUUUGUUAUCCUCUUAUCCUAUGGUUUCAUUGCAGUUUCCAUCCUGAAAAUAUCCUCAGGCAAAGGUCGUACGAAGGCCUUCAAUACCUGUGCCUCCUACCUGGCAGCUUAG